AUGUACGAGCCUGCGUCACCGUCAGGCAAACUGGGCCAACAUUACCAGCAAGGUGAUAUAAGCGUGGCACGAAGUGGCCAUGUCGCCAAGCCUCGCUUCACCACCGACCAUUGCAAGCGUCCUUCAUCGGAGCACUCGGCAGAUGAAGAGAAAUUGAGCUGCCUCACAUCCUUCACUUGUCGUCGCGGGGGAUCGCUUAACACGAAGCUACGUCACACUGUUGUCACCGAUGUACUAACGUCUCUCGGUCAACUUUCCUUCUUGUACACUCUCCACUGCGAGUUCCAACUUCCAGGAGGUCAUGGUGAGAUACUCUGA